AUGUCUGUAUCCUCCCCCGACGAACAGCACCAUCACCGCAAAAAAAGAGUCGGCAAGGCUUGCGACCUGUGCCGCAUCAAGAAAACCAAAUGUGACGGCAAAAAGCCUUGCACGCGCUGCGUCGCCGACAACCAGCUCUGUGCGUUCAGCGAGAAACGAAAACCGAAGGAGAAGGCCCAUCCCGCGGGAUACAUCGAAUUGCUCGAAGCCAGAAUCGACUUUCUCACGCGGUCCUUGCAGAAAGUGAUCACCAUGGCCGAACCGCACCUCCCAUUUCUCCAGCAAAUAAUGGAGCAGGCCCGGCUAGAACACUCGCAAUCGGCGCCGCUGUGCUCGGACGACUCGCCGCUGCCCAGCGCCAUCCCCAUAAACGAGGUGGUCAACUUCCUAAUAUCGGACCCGGAUUUUAUGCCCGGCCAGCUGCCUGAGACAAUGCACCGCGCAGACGCAGCUGCGAACACGCCGUCUGCAAAAUUAGCACCGGGGCCAGCCAUAAAAGACGAGUUCCCAGGAAACUCGCCCAGAAACGAGGUUUUGUUUCUGGACCCCACCAGUGAUGGCGUAGACAAUUUGGGCCAGCAGUACGACUUGGUGUCGGCCCUCAAUUCCGGGACACCGGCUGCUCAUUUAAUGCGUUUGCCUGGAGGCUCAUCUGCCUUGGACUCUAGGUCUCUUUUCCACAGACACGGCAGCCUGCCGCCGAGCAGGUCCAGCUCGUCGCACCUGCUCUUGUCAAGUGCCAACGAGCCGUUUUCCGGACUUCCGGCCAGCAGCGCCAGCCUUAUCUCCGGGAGAGGCCUGCACCACGAGGCAGUUCCAAACGGCGGAGCUCCUUUGAACUCGCCUCCGCCCGAGACGCUGGCCUCGGAACUCGCCUCUCUCGAUUCAAUCGACCAUUUCUCCCAGUACGCCCUGCGGUCGAGCCUGCUCUUCCUCAACAAUGGGGGGACCGUGUGCACGUCGCCUCUGUCGGUGUCGUCUCUCUCAAUAAAGCUCGAAAGCCAGAACUUCAACGACCUGGCCCGCCACAGCCUCCGGCGGCUGCACUCGGGCAAGGCGCACGUGUCUGCGGCGUCGAUAAAAAAGAAAAACAGUGGCCACGUGCACAAGCCCCAGUCGGUGUCACACUCGCCGCAGAUUGGUUCUGCCAAUAUUCUGCCGAGCGCAGCCAGCCGCCAGGAACCGGGCCCUGCCUUCCCGGCCCUGGUGUAUCCGUACCUCCAAACGGCGCUGCCGGACCUGGGGCUGUUCGGGUUUGAAAACGACCACUUAUUCGACGAGCCUCCGUCCAAAGUCAUCGCGGACGGGCUCCCUUCAUUCCUCGCCCUGGACGACCUCGGCAUGACGAACCCCUUCAUGAGCCCGUACACGUGA